GAACAGCUAAAUUUCUCCCGGGGUCGGAUCGUUAUCGAUAAGAGCCCCAGCUUCGUAAAGCUUCCCCCACCACUUCCGCCCGGCCCCGGUCCGUAAACUUACAUCACCGUUCACAUAAAUUCGCGACCAUGUUUCUACGGCCAAGAACGUUGCGCGUACUGCGCGGCGUGUCGCAACAACAUGUGAGAGCUUUUGGCUUCUCCAGUUCUUCCGGAAACUCGCCAAUGUCACCAAUGGGCAACAUUCCCAUGCCCUACAUCGAGGAGUCGUCGGCUGCCGGAAGAAAAACAUGUUUGUUCGGAUUGGUGUCGCAAAUGGUUCAAGAAGCUGAUGGGUUAUAGGGGAUAUCUUUUCCAAGCUACUACAGGAACGCAUCGUCGUCCUAAAUGGUGAAGUUAACGACUACAUGUCCGCUUCGAUCGUGUCACAGCUGCUUUGGCUCGAGUCCGAUACCCCCGAUAAGCCGAUCACGAUGUACAUCAACUCUCCUGGUGGUUCCGUCACCUCAGGUAGGUUCGCUCAACAACCAAUUCACAAUCGAGACUCACAAGGAGCACAGGAAUGGCGAUCUACGAUACCAUGACAUACAUCAAGUCACCAGUAUCAACAGUGUGUGUCGGCGGUGCUGCGUCAAUGGCCGCCAUCCUCCUCGCAGGAGGUGAAGCAGGCAAGCGAUUCUCUCUCCCCCACAGCUCGAUCAUGAUCCAUCAACCACUCGGUGGUACUCGAGGUCAAGCAUCCGAUAUCAUGAUUUACGCAAACCAGAUCCAGAAGACACGGGAACAGUCGAAUAGAAUCAUGCAGUAUCAUCUCAAUAAGGCAAAGGGUCAUGAAAAGUAUUCUCUUGAGGAGAUUAAUGAUCUGAUGGAACGGGAUAAAUAUCUGUCGCCGGAAGAGGCUUUGGAACUCGGAGUUAUCGAUGAGAUUUUGACGAAGAGGCCCGAGUCGGAGCAAGAGAAGAAGGAGAAGGAAGAGAAGCAGGGAGGGGCUGAUACACCCCAGACGAGUUGAGGCUUGGACUUUUGUGUUGAAGAUGUAUAUUAUUGCUAACAAGCGUUUAUGAAAUGCAUUCCCAGGUUUGCUUCUGAACAUUCAUUCUUGAGACCGUACCCACGCUCAGG